AACUGGAAGUUGUUGUUGUACUUUGUCUUCCUUUAAGCACUACAUCUUACAUCUAAAAGAAAUGUGUAAAUACUGUUGUAUUGAUACUUUAAGAACGACAAAGACAGCAUAUUAAUGUGGAUUAUGGGUAAAAUUCCCCAUGAAAGAGCUCGCUUGUGACCCAGAGGGUUACAGGUUUAAAUCACAGGUGGGGCACUGCCAUCGCAGCCUGAAGCCGCUCUGAAUUGCUGUGUUGUUCUGUUAUAGCUUUUGCUUUUCUGGAAUUUAUUUCCCGGUAAGCAGGAAUUGUUUCAUAAGUUAGGAGAAUCUACAAAUUAAUUUUUUAACCUGUAUUUCUGAGUACAUGUAAGUAUGGAUCGAUUAUGGACUGAUCUGGAAAAAAUUAGCUUUUAUCUAAAUGAGAAGUAUUUAUAUCACAAAAUAUCACAAUAAUUUCCUGUGGGAUUAAUUAAUCAUCUAUCAACCUAUCUAUCUAUCUAUCUAAAAAUACCAGUGUUCCUUUACUCCAUAACAGAUCAAAGAAAGUCAAACAUGGACAAUAGGAAUCUGGAAUCUGCACUCUCUGCUCAGCCUGCUCUGCUCGGCCUGGCCUCAGUCCAACACCACACCUCCUGCAGCUGUGGGCAGAACCAGGAAGUCACUCCCACUCUCUCUGUCACGCAGUUUCAGAGAAACGAAACUGAACUCUGUCCCUGUCAGUGUGAGCAGUAAAAUGGCUGAAGGUGGAGGUUUACUCGAUCAGGACCAGUUGAGCUGUGCAAUCUGUUUGGAUCUACUGAAGGAUCCAGUGACUACUGCCUGUGGACACAGUUACUGUAUGGGCUGUAUUAAGGGCUGCUGGGAUCAGAAUGAUAAUACUGGUGUCUACAGCUGUCCCCAGUGCAGACAGACCUUCAGCCCAAGGCCUGUUUUGAGCAAAAACACCAUGCUGGCUGAAGUGGUGGAGAAACUGAAGACAGGACUCCAAGCUGCUCCUCCUGCUCACUGUUACGCUGGACCUGGAGACGUGGCGUGUGAUGUCUGCACUGGGAGAAAGCUGAAAGCUGUGAAGUCCUGCCUGGUGUGUCUAGCCUCUUACUGUGAAACUCACCUCCAGCCUCACUAUGAAUCUCCUGUCUUUAAGAAGCACAAACUGGUCAAAGCCACUGGAAACCUACAGGAGAAGAUCUGCUCUCAUCAUGACAAAAUUCUGGAGGUUUACUGCCGUACUGAUCAGCAGUGUAUCUGUUAUCUGUGUACGAUGGAUGAACACAGAGGCCAUGAUACAGUCUCAGCUGCAGCAGAAAGGACUGAGAAACAGAAGCAGCUGGGGGCGACACAGACUAAACUCCAGCAGAGAAUCCAGGAGAGAGAGAAGGAGCUGCAGGAUGUGAGACAGGCUGUGCAGUCACUCAAGUGCUCUGCAAAGGCAGCAGUGGAGGACAGUGAGAGGAUCUUUACUGAGCUGAUCCGCUCCAUUGAGAAAAGGUGCUCUGAAGUGAAAGUGAUGAUCAAAGAUCAGGAAAAGGCUGCAGUGAGUCGGGCUGAAGGACCCCUGGAGCGACUGGAGAAGGAGAUUGCUGAGCUGAAGAGGACAAAUGCUCAGAUGGAGCAGAUUUCACACACAGAGGAUCACAUCCAAUUCCUUCAGAGCUGUCAGUCUCUCUGUGCCCCUGUUGGACCUGAAGACUUUCCCAGCAUCGCUGUCAGUCCACACAUCUCUUUUGAGGCUGUGAGGAAAUCUGUCUCUGAACUGAAAGAGCGACUGGAGGAAGUCUGGAAGGAGGAAUUAGUCAAAAUCUCUCAAGCAGGAACCCACCCACCACCAGGAGAUCAGGACAAGGCAGGAACCCAGCAGUCUAAUGAGCUGAGGAUUGUGCUGCUGGGAAAGGCUGGAGCAGGAAAGAGUGUAGCAAACUCUAUCCUGGGGGCAGGGGAGUUUAAACCAGAGGCCUCCUCUUCCUCUGUGACAUCACAAUGUAGGAAAGCAAGAAGCGAAGUGGAUGGAAGAGAGUUGAUUGUGAUUGAUACUACUACAAAUCCCCAGGAGCUUAACAUACAGGAGUGCAUCUCUCUGUCCUCUCCGGGACCCCAUGUGUUCCUGGUGGUGAUCCAGCUGAGAGGAUUUGCACCGGUGGAGCAGGAGACAAUGGAAGUCAUGCGCAGUUUCUGUGCCGAAGCAGCCAAAUACACCAUGGUGCUGUUCACUCAUGCAAACAGCCUGAAGGGAAAACCUAUUGAAGAAUUUCUGAGUUUCAAUGAAGACCUUGCAGAGUUUAUUCAUACGUGCCGUGGUAGAUAUCAUGUCUUUAACAGUGAGGAGAAUGAGGUCUCAAGGCUGCUGAAGAAUAUUGAUAGGAUGGUGGAAAUCAAUGGAGGACGCUACUACACCAAUGAGAUGUACAUGAGGUCUGUCAAUGCGAUUGAAGAGCAGAAGGAGAGGAUUCUGAAAGAACAGGAAGUGGUCAAUCGAAGGGAAGAGGAAGAGCUGAGGAGACAUUUACAGGGAGAUGCCCUAAUGAAAGCCAUACAGCAGCUUCAUGAAAAAACCGACAGGAAUGUUAGAGAGCUGGAAAGGGCAUAUAACGCUUUUUUAAUGAAUACAAAAGAAACAAGAGAAAAACCAUGCACUCUACUGUAAAUACCCAUAUUCUUUUUUGCUCAUUUCAACCAGAUAAAUGAUCACUUAACACCUCAUCUAUGUCGAUUUAACUUAAUUUUAAGUGUAGGGAGAGCUAACUGAGAUUCAAUUAAACUGUUUCGUUAAAGGUAACCAAGUGCUGCCUAGUAUCCUUAACGGAGGUUCUUGACCUAAAUUGCUUCAGUAAAUGUGCAGCAGUAAAGGUAUUAUGUUAAGGCUAGUCUAUGUUAGAAUAUGGGCAUAUAUAAUUUUUCAAAAAAUAGAAAAUAGUUUGCGCUCUUGUUGAACAGUCCAAAAAAAAGUCUUUGUAUGUGUGUGUGUGUAUAUAUAUAUAUAUAUAUAUAUAUAUAUAUAUAUAUAAUACAUAGCCAUAUAUAAUAUUUACCAUAAAAUGAGUGCCGCUGUUGGUAUGUUACUGUACCUUUAUGCUUCCAGUUAUGUACUGUAAACCUAACCCUAACUGUAAACCUAAGAUCCAGUAUUAGAGUUGCAGUAAAAUUCAAUAAAAUUUGGAAGCAAUAAAGGACCUGUAAAAUUGCAGUUAACCCAAUGUUAAUCCAACAAACGAUAAUUUGUAUUGUAACAAAAGAAAGUGUCACUAGACAGAUAACUUGUCUUUACACAGUUAAACCUAUAAAAUUUGCAGAAAAAAAGAGAAAAAAAGAAUUUUAUUUCCACAUGCAACACACCAAUACACCAAUGAUAUUACAUAAAUCAGAAACAAAGACACAUUAAACCAAAAAUCAAAGUUCAAAAAUCAUGAAAAAAACACAAGUCUAUCACAAAAGAAACAUUCCAUUCCCUCACCCUAUUCUAUGUGCAAACAAUAGCUCCCCUCCCUCCACUGAACACAAAACACCCUUUUGACA